AUGGCAAAAGAUACUCUUACUGUAACCUGUCUGCACUUGGAAAAGUCUGCACAUCUUACAUCAGUAUUGGGAAUAAGUCCAGCUCACCCAGGGAUCGCAAAGGGAGAGAUGCAGAGGGCGAGGAAAUGGCAGGCAGUACUGGUCAUCUCCUUAUUGCUGGUCACCUCGUCUGUACAAGGCAUGAGUGAUGCGCAAUCCAGGGAAAGGAGAACUCUUCUAGAUCUUAUAGUGCAGGUCAUUGGGGACAGUAGCACCAGCAGAGAAAGUGGCAAAGUCAUUACAAGGCGGUACAGCGAGGGCACUGCUCACUCUGCAGAGCAUGCUGCCAACCACAGACUGUCCUCCAGGGAGAGAACAAAUACAAGGAUCAGCAGCAAGAGACCUUCAGAAAUAUUUUCCAGAGAUCCCACCCUGAAAGAAAAGUUCAUAAAUCAUUUUACAGCAGGUCCAGUGGUAGUCUCAGCGGAGUGCAGACAGCAAUUCUAUCGACUUUACCACAACACAAAGGACUGUUCAACACCAACUCAUUACAUAAGAUGUGCACGGCUGCUAAAACGGUUGGCCAAGAGCCCGUUAUGCUCACAACCCUAAACAGUUAACAUUAUGUGACCUACUAAAACAGAACUCUGAUUUGCCAAGAAUGUGCCUUGAAAUCGGACGUCUAUACCAUGAUGAUCUGAGUUACUGUUUUCUCAUUAGAAGCAUCUUUUUCUUUAAGUUGAACAUUCCAUAGUCAUGUGAAUAAAACAUUUUUUUUCACUCUGCCCAGGGCCGAAAAGAAAUUUAGCUAUUUAUUUAAAUACUUUGUAUAUAAUAUUUACUAAUGAUAUACUAAAUAUAUAUUAUAACCACUUGCAGAGUCCGUUUUUCCUUUUUUAACAUUUUCCAUUGUUAUUAAAUAUGUUGCUCAGGCUAAAUAUAUUUUUUUUUGAUUUGCACUAACUUGAAAUGAAAACAAAUAUAUACAGUACUGGGUAAAGGUUUUCUGCAGGUGUGGUGAGAAUGCUUCAGAAGGGUUGAUAGUUUAUUUUUUUUUAUCAAAUAACAAAACAUAAAGUGAAUGAACAGACGAGAAAUCUAAAUCACAUCAAUAUUUGGUGUGACUACUCUAUGCCCUCAACUCAGCAUCAAUUUUUCUAGAUAUACUUGCACAUAGUAUUUGAACAUACUUGGCCGGGAGGGUCGUUCCAAAUAUCUAGGAGAACUAAUCUUCCAAAUAUCUUGGAGGUCUUCUGUAGAUGUCGGCUUGUUUGAAUCAUUGUGUCUUCGUGAAAUCUCAGAAAGACUUGACAAUGUUGAGAUCAGAGCUCUAUGGGGGGGCCAUAUCCCUUCUCGGACCCCCUCUUUUUGCUUAAGACAGUUCAUAACAUUAGCUGUUUGGGGUCAUUGCCCCACUGCAUAAUUUUUUUUUUGAGCCAAUCAGGCACCUCUCUGAUGAAAGGCAACCAAACACAAAAACAUGGGGACUCAAGCUCUAUAUCAGAUAGUACAUAUCAGGGUGCAGAGCAGUCUAUCCAAAAAAAAAAGCGGAUAUGCUAAAAUGCAAUGCACACCUAUAAGUAACAACAAUA